UUAGACUCUCCGGCCGCCGGUUGCUGCCUUCCGUGUCAGCGGUCGCGUCGCGGUUACUAGGUGCUGAAGAAGCUUGUAGCCGGCGUCACCGUGGAGCGGUUUAGAGAUUCACGGGAGGGUCGCAGGCGUUCUUCCCGCCUGACCGGGGCGUCGCCUUUGCGGACACCCCGGCAGAGGAAGAGACGCCGAAGGCAGGUGAAGAAAAAGGUGAAGAAACACAAAAAAAAGGAAUUUAAGGGAUUUUUCCCGAAGUUAAAGAUAAAGGACAUGGCCUCCUCAGGAAUCUACAAGCUGGAUGACGGGAAGCCUUACCUGGGCAACUGCUUUCCAGCUAAAAAUCUGCUUCGGAAACCAGAGGAAGGGCGAGGACACUGGUCGGUAACUCGGAAAGGUACCCUCAAAAAGAAGUUGAAGGGUGUGGUUGAAGCACCAGGUCAGCAAAUCCAGAAGAAAGUUUCUUUUGAGGUCACAGGAAGGAAAGGGUUUCGACAGGAAAACCAACUGGACAAUCCUGAACGCGUCCUGGACCGGGAUUUUCUGCUGAAGCACCACUCCAUGAAGAAACCUUCAGAUCUGUGCAACAUUGAUGUGAGUGGCCUGAAGUUGUCCAAGGCUAAGGAAAAGGACUUCAAGCAUUUUCACUCCGCGAUAUACAUUAAUGCCUCAGAAAACCUGCUGCCACUAGAGGCAUUUCACACCUUCCCAAUAUUAAAAGAACUGGAGCUCGCAUUUAAUGGCAUCAAAACAGUCUACGUGAAAUAUGGAGACUUUAAGUCAUUGGAAUUCCUGGACCUGUCCUUUAACAGCCUGACUUCGGAAGCCAUCUGUGAUUUGGGGAUUCUGCCUCGACUCCGCGUCCUGCUCCUGACAGGCAAUGGGCUCACCUCCUUGCCCCCCAACUUGGCUGCUGCAGAGCAGGAACCAUCUGUAACAUCAAUGACAGGCAAAAAGUACAUCCUGAGAUUCCCAGCGCUGGAAACGCUAAUGCUGGAUGACAACAAACUGUCCAGCCCUGACUGUUUUGCCAGCCUGGCUGGGCUCAGAAGACUGAAGAAAUUAAGCCUGGAGCAGAACAGGAUUUCCAGAAUCCCCUACCUACAGCAGGUUCAGUUCCGUGAAGGCUCAAGAGAAUGGGUUGAAAGCAGGGGGAGUUCCCGGAAAGAGUCACAAUCUGUGUUGAAUCCCAAGUGGAUGUUAGAAGACUCGGAUGAACAGCCAGACUAUACUGUGCUGCCCAUGAAAAAGGAUGUGGAUCGGACAGAGGUUGUGUUCUCAUCUUACCCUGGAUUUUCAACCUCAGAGACAACCAAGGUAUGUGCACUUCCUCCCAUAUUUGAGAUUCUUCCUGUGAAGUCACUGAAAGCCAAGAACCAGAGGCUGGCCCUGCCUUUCCCAGAGCUGAGGUACCUGAGCCUGGCCUACAACAAGAUCACCAAGGAAGAAGCCAUCCUGCCUGUAGCACUCUUCCCAUCUCUCUGUGAGCUUGUCUUCCAUAACAACCCUCUGGUGACCCAUACUCGAGGAGUCCCUUCUCUGCUAAAAAGCUUCCUCCAGGAGCGACUGGGGAUCCACUUAGUUCGAAAAAAGAUUGUAAAGACUAAACAUCAUAUUUUGAUGCCUCGGAGGAAAUCCCGGAAGGUGAAAACUCAAGUCCCAAAGGUGCCAAAGCAGCCUAUAAUUCUCCAUCGUCUAUCUGCAACCAAGACUGACUCAGAGGAGAUGCUGGAGUCUGAGGCAGUGCAGACUGAGGAGCUGUCCAUUGUCAACACUCCUGUGAAGCCUGAGAUGAUGAUUGAAGGUGUGACAGGCCUUUCUGUGCGGCGCCGGGCCUUUGUGCCACUGCCUCCCAUCCACUCUGACUCCACUGUACAUAGUGAAGAGAAUUUAUCUCGCCAGAGUGACACUGCUGAUCACCUCACCACAGAGCACCUGUCAGAUGAGGACACCAAGAGCACAGAAUCCAUCUUCUUGACUCAGGUGAGUGGGCUGCCUUCCUCUGUUCUCCAGAAUGAUUAUUUAGAGACCAAGGAAAAAGACCAGAGGAGACCAUUAACAGCACCCAGAGAGGUAAAGAAGACACAGAAGAAAUCCCCAUCUACUCCUCUUCCCAGCAAGUACCAUGGUUAUGAGGAGCUGUUGACAGUCAAGCCUGAUCCGGCCUUCAUUGAGCCAAAGGGAAUCCAGAAGAACACACAGGCCUUGCAGCACAUGCUAAAGCACCCACUCCUGUACCGCUCCUCUAAGCCAAGGCUGGACAGGGUCCCCAAACGCUAUGUUCCUAAGGAGAGACAGGCCCAGAGGAUCCCUAUCCCACCCCCACGAAAGACAAGAGCCCAACUGCUGGAUGAUAUCCUCAUUCGCAUGAGGGACCCCAGGAACAUCACGGAGGCUCCACUAGGAGCUGUGCUGCGCCGGCGGGCAGAGCAGCGGCUGGUGAACCAGAAACAGUACCUGGAAGCCAAGCGACUGCUGAAGGAGUUUAGGGCGCGCUAUCAGCAGCUGAUGCGCAAUUCACUACGCUCAGCAUUAGGGGGUGUACCUCCCCAGCCAUCCCCUCCGCGCCCUGUGCUGAGCCAUAGCCACCCCAAGUUGGGCCACUUGCUAGAUUUCGUAGAUGAGUUCUCCCAGGAGUCUUUGACUGGUAACUCAAAAGGCUAGGGCCAUGCAGGGGCCCUGCUCACCCAGCCUGCGCCCACAUCUUCUCCAGGGCCUUAGCCCUUCCUCACAUGGGUCUGGGAGGCAGCUGCGGAGCACUGCUGCAGAGUGGGGAGCUGGCCUGGACUGCCUUUCCCAGGCUGGCCAGGCCUUGGCACCUGGAUCAGCAGAAUAAAGAGUGGAUGCAAAGCAUGA